UUCAACUCGCCAAAAAGAUCCCUCUGUCUCUUUCCCUCCCUCCCUCCCUCUCUCUCUCACUUCUCUCUUUCUCCUCGCUCCACCUUUCUCGGCAGCGGCAGCGCAAGAGGUUUUGCCGGGCGCCGAGCUAAACUGAGCUGCCGGUGUAACUCAGUGGACGCCAGCCGCCUCCUUGCACGAUCAGGGUCUCUAAGCGACAGCAGCAGUGUAGAUCGCCGGCAUCCCCGGUCCCGGACGACGGUCUUAAGCUGCUCUCCUCCAUCCCAAGACCUCGAACCGCAACCACUUGUACGGGCAGCUCUACCGUGGACGGAGGCAUUAUGACUCAGGGACACCUGGGAGAAGCGUUAAUUAACAGCGCGCGCUCUCGAGGGCUGGAAGAAGCGCUGCGGGCCGGUGUUCCGCCAAUGCAAGACUUGUUGCUCCUGCUCCUCUCGCUGCUGCUCGCCUUCCAGGCGGUGAAAUUUCUGGUCUUCAAGUGGUCGCGACGGAGGAGGCUGGAACCGCCGGGCCCCUUCCCGUGGCCCCUUCUAGGCAACGCCGCUCAAUUGGGCCGCGCUCCUCACCUAGCUUUCGGGCGCCUGGCGGCUACCUACGGCAGCGUUUUCCAGUUGCGCCUCGGGAGAUGGCCAGUAGUAGUGCUGAGCGGCGAGCGCGCCAUCCGCGAGGCCCUCAUCCGCCAAGGGGUCGCCUUCGCGGGUAGGCCUCCUUUCCCGUCUUUUCAGCUGGUAUCCGGCGGACGCAGCUUGGCCUUCGGAAGCUACUCCGAGCUGUGGAAACUCCAGCGGCGCUUGGCGCACUCGACCUUGCGCGCUUUUUCGGCACGCCGCCUCCUGGAGCAGCCCUUGCUGGCUGAGGCGCGCACUGUGGUCCGUCUCCUGGUGAGCGAUUGCGCCGGCGGCGCCUUCGUAGAUCCGUCCCGGAGCCUGGGGGUGGCCGUGGCUAACGUCAUGAGCGCGCUCUGUUUCGGCCGCCGCUACAGCCACGCUGACGUCGAGUUCCGGCGGCUGGUGGGUCGAAACGAGCAGUUCGGGCGCACAGUGGGCGCCGGGAGCGUGGUCGACGUGCUGCCCUGGCUGCAGCGCUUUCCCAAUCCGGUGCGCUCAGCCUUCCGCGCUUUUCGCGCCCUCAAUCACGAGUUCUACAGCUUCGUCCGCCAGAAGUUUCUCUGGCAUCGCAACAGCCUCCGUCCGGGAGACCCUCUACGCGACCUGAUGGACGCCUUCAUCCGCCUGCAGCAAACGCAGCCUGGCUUGCCUCUGGAGCACGUGCCAGCUACCGUCACGGACAUCUUCGGCGCCAGCCAGGACACUCUCUCUACCGCCCUUCAGUGGCUCUUGAUCUUCCUCAUAAGGUAUCCAGAGGUGCAAACUAAACUGCAAGAAGAAAUAGACAAAGUUGUUGGCCGGAACCGUCUGCCCUGUGCUGAGGAUCAGCCCCAUUUGCCUUCUGUCAUGGCUUUCCUAUAUGAAUCUAUGCGUUUCAGUAGCUUUGUGCCAGUUACCAUUCCCCAUUCCACCACAGCCGAUUCCAUCUUGAUGGGCUACCACAUUCCCAAAGACACCGUGGUCUUCAUCAAUCAGUGGUCAGUGAACCAUGACCCAGUGAAAUGGCCUGCUCCAGAAGUUUUCAAUCCAACAAGAUUCCUGGAUGAGAAUGGAUUCCUGAACAAGGACCUUGCUAGUAGUGUGCUGAUUUUUUCAGUGGGCAAACGAAGGUGCAUUGGAGAGGAGUUAUCCAAAGUGCAACUCUUUCUCUUUACUGCCAUCUUGGUCCACCAGUGCAAUUUCACUGCUAAUCCAAAGGAAGAUUCUAAAAUGGAUUUCACUUAUGGCUUGACUGUUAAACCAAAGCCAUUCACACUCAGUGUCACACUUCGAGACACCAUGGAUUUGCUGGAUAAUGCUGUCCAGGGACUUCAGCCAGAAAAUGCAUCUGAAAAUUGCUUGUUUAAUACAUGAAUGCUCAGGUUUGAAUCUUGUCUGUAAAGCUGUGUAAGGAUUGUGUUUCUCCCCUCUUUAAAAAAAAUACUUAGAAAUACAAUGUAUUCUGGAGAAAUGCUAGCAAGAAACGAAGUAAGACAAUAUAUGAAUAAGCAUGGUGUGGUUUGCAAACUGAUGUUUUAUUUACUUCAGCAAAUCUUGUCAACCCCUCUCCAUAGUGUGAAUUUAAUCAUUAGUUUGCUUCCCUAAUUACACUUUGGCAUUCCUAUACCUCGUUCACUUAUCUUUUUACUGGCCAUCCACAUGAUUCCCUCAUUACACAGUUCCCUUUCUGUAUUUUUGUGUGUGUGUGUGUUUUUAAUCUUUUAAGGGAGUGGUAUAUUUCUCUAACAACAUUCUAUCCAUAAAAAAUAUUUAAUGCUGAAGACCAAUUAAUAAUCAAUAGAUUAUAAAAUAGUACUUACUGUCAAGAUAAUGCAAACAAGCAACUGGGUUUCAGAUGGCCAAUUAGAUGACUUUUCCACCAACAGUAGAAUUGUCAAAUUCAUUGUGUUAGGUGACAAAUAGAAAAAAAUAUAUAGGAAAUCGGUUUCUGUAAUUGACUGUCUUCUAGGUGUUAAGACUCUCAGAAUUCUCAAUAUUUUGGUUUCAAAUGGUAAGAACAAUGCAUAUUACUCCUAGAGGAUACUCAUCUGAAACCUUAAAUAUCAACUCUGCUUUUUUUAAAGAACCUACAGUCACCUACAAAUGGUGCAUUGACAUUUGCUAAAGCAGCUCUGUAAUAUAUUGCCAUAGGCUCGUAGUUGUAUUCCUAGUGCUCAACAAAUGUUGAAAUUCAAAUAGGAUUUUUUUAUUUUUGUUGCUCAUAGGGUGUCUUUAAAAAAAAUCAGAAAUGCACUUCACAUUAUCUUAACUAAAUGGGUGCAUUGCACUGCACAUGCAUAACAUAUUGAUAAGAGAUGAUACAUUUAGUAAUGUGAAUUAUUUUCCCCCUCUAAUACAUGCUUUGGUGGUAUUCCACAUAAUCGGAUAUUAUUUGUAGUUCAGUCAGCAUUUAUAAAUCAGUUAAUUUAGCUGGCUGACUUUAGUUAAAUGCUUUCUUAAGAAGUGCAUUUCUUUUCAGAAAUAGAAUGUUCUGUCCUUGAUCAAAGUAUACUUAGAAAUAAUAGAAUAAAAUAAAAUGGAUUGUUUAUGUUUUAAACUAAUUGAAUAGGAAGUUGAAAGCUCUGUGAAUUUUGUUGAUGAAAUUAGUGAUUUACUAACGAGAGGUAAAAAGUUCAAAGUUGUGAUUUUUCAUUUAAAAAGAUUCUUAGUAUAUAUAAAAAAAGUAACAGCAUACAGUCAUUCUGUAUGUUGUAUACAGUUUGAGAAAUGGAAGAUUGGGAUGCCCAGACCCCUUUGAGUUGACUAUCCUCCAUUGAACCCAUGUGAAUUUGUCACUGUCAACAUUUUCCAGAUCAUCUAAGCCAAACCACCACAAACUAUCUCUUCUCCAGAGACAACCUGAGAACUGAACAUGGCAGCUUGGAAGUUGCCUAGGUUGGAAAAGGCUGUCCUCAGACUUUACCUUCCAAACUGAGAAUUCUAUGUAUAUGUAAAUUACUAUUUGAAACAAUAGCACUCGUUUUAAGAAAAUGGAGAUUGGGGAGGGGGACAACACAUCAUGUUUCUGAUUUCCCACAGUUGUAUUCCAUGCAGUUUUAUCCACACCUACAUAACCUGUUGGCUUGUGCUAAUUUUCAGAAGCUCCAAGUAGCCAAUGGUAAUAGAUGCAAAAAGAACACGAAGUACCACAAGUUGCCUAUCCCGGGUAAAGAUUCUCAUGCUGUAUUGCCAAACAAUGUUCUGGAUUACUUUAAAGGUUUAAUAUCAAGUCUUAUCAGGGCAAUCUGACAAGUAUCAAAUUUAAUUCUGAGUAAAACACCCACAGCAAAUAACAAUUUGCUUGCUUCUGUUUUUAGAUGUCAUAUAUAGAGCACUAUUCUCAAACCUGCUAAAACAUCCGGUUGUAUACAUUGGAAAAUGAAACAAUGGGUUUAUGAUUUCCAGUGCCUUAUAUUGGCCUUCCUCAUGCUGAUACCCUGGGUAGGUGUUAGAUUCAACUUCCAUAAUACUCUGCCAGCAUGGCCUUUGAUCCUACUGGGAUGUGAGUUCAAUCCCUGAAAGGUAUCGUACUGUAUUCUAGAAAGCCAUAUUGUGUAAUCCUGCAGCUGUAUAGACCAAUGCAUUUGCCUGUGCAUUCUAUUUCUGAAAUUCAAAAUAGCAAUAAAUUCAUGCAUUCCUAUACUGAAGAAUUCUUAAUUUCAUACUUAACUUUGAGAGAGAAAGCACAGAGUUUAAAAACAAAUUUAGAAAGGUGAUAUCAAUUAUUUCAUAAUCUACAACAAAUAAAAUUUGUUCUUACAGAACUUAGCCUGCUCCUGUGAAACCCUCUGUAUGAUUAUAAACAUAUUAAUCUCAGGUCAAGAUAGGAUUGAACAUAGGGUAAUAUUUUUGUUAUGUAAAGAAGGUUUGUAACUCUGUUGUGUAUGUUUAUGAAUAUACAUAUAUAUUACAGAAUGUAAUAUUUCAACAUAGGUAAUUCUCAUUGACUUUCUUUUAACAAAUGUUGACUAUAAUUUUGUUUUUUCAACUUCCUCAAGACCUUUAAAAUAUAUCAGACUGAUAAUACAGUAUAUAUGCCAACAGAACUCAGUUAUAUAAAUCACUUUUAAAGUGUUUAAAUCCUAUUUGUACUUGAUCCAAUAUGUAUAAUGGUCAAUUCAAAUCUGGGUUGAUCAGCAGGACAAGAGGUUUAGUUUUCUGAGAUUUCAGACUCAUGCUGGAGCCCAUCCUCAUGGAACUUCUCUCUCACCAGAAUGUGUCACAAUACAGUAAUGUGUCACAUUCUGGUAGAGAGAGGUUCCCUG